UCCAAGAGAACUAAAAAAGAUUGAAUUUUUUUUUGGUUCUCUUGCUCGUUCAUUAGCUUUGUUUGAUUCUCUUGACUUGUGUGGGUAGCUCCUGACGAAGAAGAAGAAGAUGAUGAUGGUAGUGAACAACAGCUUUGAUCUUUGGCAAAAAGAUGUUUUCUUCUCUGCCGCUGAAGAGGUUCAAAAAUCUGCAGAUAUAAUGGAGUCUGCUUAUAGAUUGUGGAUUAGAGAGAAGAAAGAUGAGAUCUGUAAAGAACUCCAAGCAGCUUUAGGUACAGCUAAAUGGCAGUUGGAGGAGUUUGAGAAAGCAGUCAGGUUGAGCCAUAAACGUUGUGGGGAUGAUAAUUCUGCAUUGACACGGCGUAAACAGUUUGUUACCGCUAUUGAAAACCAGAUUAAUCGCGUUGAAACUUCUCUGCAAGAGGCUUAUAGUGAGAAUGGAAAAGAGCGUCUUCGUUGGAUUGAUCUUAACGAAGAAGAGCGUGAUGACUUGGCCAUGUUUCUCUCUGGAUCUUCUAGGACUUCAGAGAGUUUUAGUGGUGAGAACAGCACUAACUCGAGAGAGUCUACUAAUAGUUCCCUAGUUGAGAAUCCUCGUGGAAUGAAUGGAGUGGACGUAGACUGUGGAAAAGAGACAUUCAAGAAAGCGAAAGGUUGCGGUAAUGGCUCUGAUUGUGUCAUAGAUAUUGAAGAAAGAGUAAAACCGGGGAAUGCAGAUGCAAGGAUACGCCAAGUAGAGAAAUCAGCUGGGAUGAGAAGGAUAUGGAGUUCACCAAAUUUCAAUUCUUUGAGGAUUAUAGUUCCUGGUGAUAACGGAGACGAAAAUGAGAAAUUGGUGGCACAAGUGGAAGCCACUCCUAAAGUCAAAGGAACUAAGACAGUAUUGUGGAUGCAGAGGCUUCCUGAUCAUAACCAGCUCUUUGACCAAACUGGUUGUCUCCAAAAUCCGAUACGAAUACCAUUUAAUCACCCGAUCAAGCUCACUGUUUCCUUAAUGCUAAUGGUGUUCCUUCUAUUACCCUUCUUAGUGUAUUCAUCUUGAGAACUCAACCAACCACGGUUUGAAACUGUUGAAGAAGCUAAAGAGAUCAUCAGCUUUCGCAUCUAACGGUUAGGAUUCAUCAUCCCACAAGAACACAAACAGAGAUUAAAAAGUUUUUUGUUGUCUGUAAUGUAAUUGGCAUAUACUUUACUUUUGUUUGUUGCUUUGGUUCUUCAGGGAACAUAUAUAGAUAAACAGAAACUUGUAAGAUUAAGUAAAGGGGGUAGAGAUUAUAGUAUACUACGGCUUUGGCUACCGUUGAUAAAGAUGUAUAUUGAAAAUAUAUUUCGUAGAUGUUUGACAAUACGCUGUAAGAAAUCAAGAUUUAUGCUAUGUUUUGUACGAGCAAUUUAUCAAA